AAAUUUCCACGUGUCACGUGAUUACAUCAAAACACAACAGAUCCAUAGUGUGCAACGCGUUUGAUCGUCUCGGCUGACAGCAAUCAAGAUGGUGAGAGCAUGGUUUAUGGACAGUUCUGACGCUGAUCAACGUCUACCCCACAUGCUGGAACCUCCGCAGUUUGUCGACUUAGAUACGCUGAGAGGUGUGUCCGGUGUGGAAUACUUCCAGAUUGAUGCAGACGAUCAUGAGAAGAACAAAGAGCUGCAAAAGAUGCGUGACGACAGAGGAUAUUCGUAUUACGAUAUGAUUGAAAUCACCAAGGAGAAGCUGCCGAAUUAUGAACAGAAGAUAAAGGCAUUCUUUGAGGAACAUCUUCACUCAGAUGAAGAAAUUCGCUUCAUCCUUGAUGGCAGUGGUUACUUCGAUGUUCGUGACAAGAACGACAAGUGGAUAAGAAUCGAGUGUGUGAAGGGAGACCUCAUCAUCUUGCCAGCUGGGAUCUACCACAGAUUCACCUUGGACACCAAGAACUACAUCAAGGCGUUGAGACUGUUUGUUGGUGAGCCGGUGUGGACUCCCAUCAACAGACCAGCAGAUGAGCAUCCUGCAAGACUCAACUAUGUGAACACCGUGAUGGCUCAGUGAACUGGAUCUGGACAUCUAUAGACACUGCUCAUUUUGUAACCAAGAAUCAUAUAUAUCCACGCCUUUCUAGAUUUCUAUGCACAGAGGUUUGCUGGAAGAAUCGGUAAUGGACUGACAUUAUGGCAAAAUAUUCUCCAAUGAAUAAAAAGGUUUUAGUCAUAAUCUCACACUGAAUGUACACAGCAUUUGAGCUGUGAUAGCUGUCAUUCAUUGGCUAUUUGGGUAUCUCUCAACCAAUCAUUUUCUUGUUCAUAGUUCCACUGAUUAUCAGGCACUAAAAACAAUGGUAUUGGUUUUUGGUGAUGUGUGAUAAAUCUGGUAAUAUGUUGGUUGAAUUUGUCAUAAUAGUCUUUUUAGAAUUCCUCGUGCAGGCAGCUACUUGGUUGUGUUUGUUGUAGUAAUCAGGUUUUAUAUAGUCAUAGUGUUGUCCUUUUGACAGCAAUGUACAUGGAUGAUCAUUUUAUUGAAUAUUACUACUAAUCAUCCAGAAUAUGAUGGUCAACAAGUGUCUAAGUGCAGAAUUCUCUCCCUAUAGAUGUGUUUAUUAAUCAACACACAAUUAUGUUUUAGCCAGUAUGUGUUAACCCAGUGUGCCUUUUAAGAAAAUUAUGUCAAAUUCAAUGUUUACAUUCCUGCAAUAUAAAUGCCUUAAUAUAAACAAUUAACUCAUGGUGGCUGAGUGGGUUAGAUCUCUGACAUUGUUUGGUGAUGUUUAGGCGCCUGACUCUAACAGUGUGGGUUUGAAUCCCGGAUGGGACGCAACCUAAUGAAAGUUCUAGCCUCUGUACUUUACUGGGAAAGUGUAAUUCCAAAGUAUAACGUUACGUUGACCACAUUCGAAAUGGCAUUGUGUAUUUAUUAUAUAUAUAUUGUUCUUUACAGCAAGCAGCUGGGAGCUUCACUAUUGUCUAGCUUUCCGUCAGCAUGUUAUGGAUUUUAGUAGCUGGUAGCAGUAUGAAGACAUGAAUGCCCAAAAGAUUCGAGCAGGAAAGAUGCUUUCAUUUAUUGGAAAUACAUAACGAGGGCAAUAUUUUUAGUACAAGAAACUAAUUUGAAUAUUAACUUAAGAUCUGGAGAUCAGUUCAAAUGUUUUGAUGUCAGUUAUCUUCUGUAAGGAUUUGGAUGGGAGGGUGGGCAGGUGUGGAAGUUUUCCAUCUCAUAAUCUAAAGUGAUCUGGGUUGUAACAGUUUCAGCCUUCAGAUUACAUCUCUAUCUGUCAUGCUCUGAAUAUAAACUGUAUCACUACAGCAGUUCAAAACCUAGAAAGGUUGCGCCAGUUCUAAAACCCAUUUCAGUGUACUGGUGUUCUAUUUUUGUAUUGGUACAAUGUUGUGAAAGGUUUUUCAAAAUGGAAUCACAGAAACCAACAUUUUGUGGUAUUGGCUUAUACAGAACUUUUUUAACUGAUCAUGCUAAAUGACCUUGAACAUUUGAAUUGUCCGAUUCUGUUCAUGAAAUAUGAACUUACAAAGCAAUGUAGUCAUUACAUUUCUAAGACCUUUCAUAACUUGUCAAUAUCAUGGCCAGGAUGCUUUUGAAAUAAAAGGGUAGUUUCUUUGAAAA